CACCGAUAGAAAUCGUGGGGCCCAGUAACAUAAGACUGUAUUUUGUCGACGUUGUUAAUCCAGUGUGAUACAGCAGCGGCCCUGUAAACCCAUCGUUGUCGAAUUUUUUAAGCAAAUGCAUUAUUCACAGUUUUUUACCCCUGAUGUGGCCUCCAACCAAACCACCAGUUUAGCUACUCAUCUUGUUUCCUUGAUUAAUCACGAUGUCGCUGACUACUGCAUCUGGUCUGGUUUCCCUGCUCGAUGAUAAAGUUCCUGAUGUAAAGGCCUUUGCCUUAAAGAAGCUCGUCGACAUAGUGGACGAGUUUUGGGCUGAAAUUUCGGAAUCUGUAAACAAAAUCGAAAUAUUACAGGAAGAUGCUAGCUUUGAGCACAAUAAGCUGGCUGCGAUUCUUGCUUCAAAGGUUUACUACCAUCUUUCAGAGUAUGAAGAUGCACUGCAUUUUGCUCUUUGUGCGGAGGAACUCUUCGACUUGAAUCAGGCAUCAGAAUACGUAGAGACUAUAAUAUCUAAGUGCAUCGACAAGUAUACGGAACUUCGCGUUGCGCAAGAUCAAGCGCUGGACUCUGGCGCUGCGCUUCCGAAGUUUGAUUACACCGGCGACCGCACUUGGGCCCCCAACAGCUCUACGUACAAGCGCCUAGAACACGUCGUCGACCGUAUGUUUGAACGUUGUUUUGAACAUAAACAAUAUAAGCAGGCCCUAGGAAUUUCAAUCGAAGCUAGGCGAUUUGAUAUUUUUGAGAAGGCACUUUCAUUGGCCGAUGAUCGGGAAGGAAUACUUCGUUACGCCUUCCGCGCAGUCCUAACGCUGAUAGAUAGCGUCCGCCUUCGAAAUCGUUUACUCCAGAUACUGGUGUCGGUGUUUAUGUCCCAUCCAUCACCAGCGGAUUCUAUCAACGUUUGCCAAUGCUUAGUUUUGAUAAAUGAACCCAAGGUUAUCGAGCUGCACUUGCAGUUCCUCAUACGUAACAAUAAGGCAGAUCUGCGUCUGCUCGAGCGAAUACGUGAAGAAGUACGCCACUCAGUUACACACAAUGCGACAGUCUUGGCCAACGGUAUCAUGCACUGUGGUACCACUUCGGACCAGUUCCUUCGCGAUCACCUCAGUUGGCUGGGCAAAGCCGUCAAUUGGGCCAAGUUCACCGCAACCGCCACCUUGGGCGUCAUCCACAAAGGUCACGAGAAAGAUGCCCUUCGACUCAUGUCUGCUUAUCUUCCCAAAGACGCUAGUGGGUCCUCUGGCUCUGUAUACACCGAAGGCGGUGGGCUUUUUGCGCUCGGUCUAAUUCAUGCAACUCACGGAAGCUCCAUGACGGAAUAUCUCUUGAAUCAAUUGAAAGAGGCAGCUGCGGAGCCCGUACGCCACGGCGCAUGCUUAGGCCUCGGCUUAGCCGCCAUGGGCACUGGCCGUGAGGACGUGUAUGAUCAAAUGAAAUUGAACCUCUAUCAGGACGACGCUAUCACAGGAGAGGCGGCGGGUAUCGGGAUCGGUUUGGUCAUGCUUGGGACUGGGUCCCCACAGGCCAUCGAAGAUUUGUUGGGUUACGCAAAGGAAACCGCACACGAGAAAAUAAUCCGUGGCAUUGCCUUGGGCAUUGCCAUGGUUAUGUACGGUCGGUUAGAAGAGGCGGAUGAGCUAAUUGACCGCCUCAUCGUUGAUAAUGACCCCAUCCUCCGCUGGUCCGGUAUGGCAACUAUCGCAAUGGCUUACUGUGGUACAGGGCACAAUCGAGCCGUUCAACGUCUUUUACAUGUCGCUGUGAGCGACACAAAUGACGAUGUGCGGCGCUGGGCUGUGACAGCUCUGGGAUUCGUCCUUUUCAAAACGCCAGACCAAGUGCCUGCUCUGGUCUCACUUCUCACCGAAUCCUAUCAUCCGCACCUUCGCUUUGGGGCAGCCAUGGCAAUGGGGGUGGCAUGUGCAGGUACCGCUCUCAAAGAAGCUGUGGGUUUGCUGGAGACUCUAUACGAAGGCACUGUACCGUUUGUGCGUCAAGGUGCCCUGGUUGCUACCGCAAUGGUUUUAAUGCUGCAAAAUGGAGUCACAUGUCCCAAGUCGGUGGAAUUCCGCGAAAAAUGCUUGAAAAUUAUCACCGAUCGACAUGAGGAUUUGUUGGCGAAGUUUGGGGCCAUAUUAGCCUGCGGAAUUCUCGAUGCCGGUGGCUGCAACAUGACAAUUUCUCUUCAGACAAGAACAGGCAACGACAAUAUGGCUGCUGCUGUGGGCUUGCUACUGUUCCAGAAUUUCUGGUUUUGGUAUCCUCUCACAAAUUUCAUCAGCCUAGCCUUGACACCCACCACUCUGAUCGCAUUGAAUAAAGACUUGAAAAUGCCGAAAAUGCAGUUCCGUUCGAACGCAAAACCAUCCACUUUUGCUUAUCCGCAACCUUUGCAGCCUGAGAAGGAGAAGAAACGAGAGAAGGUGGAAACCGCCAUCCUGAGUAUCACAGCAAAGCAACGUAAAAAGGAAGCCGAUCGUAAACACAAAGAGCAGCAACAGAAGUCCAAAGAGGCACCAAAAGAGGAGAAAAUGGACGUUGACACUGUCCCUCCCGAGGUAACGAAGGAAGAGAAACCUGACGAAAAGGAGGAAAAGGAACCCAGUUUCGUUAUGCUCAACAACCCGGCUCGCGUUUUGCGUGCCCAGCAGCGGGUCAUCUCCAUCCCGGAGAAUUCUCGGUAUUACACUCUGAAACCCGUCACACAGGCCGGGAUCCUCAUGGUACAUGAUCGCAGACCGCAUGACACAGAAGUCCUUGUGGAACUAGUUCAUGGCCACGGGCCUACCGGGGACCGAACAAUCGUGUCCAGUUCUGCCAGUGCCUCUGGCGCUGCAGCUGGCGGAUCUUCAGAUGUGACCGCCGCAGUUAGCUCUGGUUUAGCUGAACCUGGUGUCAAACCGAUUCACGCGUCAACUAUAGGAGCUUAUCUGGGCGAGGAUGAUGAGGAAGAGGAGGGGGUUGACGAAGAUGAGGAAGAGGAUUCCUCAAGCGAUGUUCACGAAGAAGAGGACGAGGAAGAGGACGAUGAAGAAGAUGUUGCUAUCGCCACCGUUGUCGCCCAAGAGUUGUCUGAUAAAGCUGAUGUCGAAAUGGGCGAAGCAUCGGUUAGCCUCCCAGUUUCUUCCAAACGUGAAAAACACAAGGUUCCAGGAUCCGGUCGAUCUGGCAAGUCAUCAGCGGGGUCCGGUGCUGAGCCAGCACCCCCGGAACCUUUUCUGUACAUAGAAGAAGGUGCAACUCCACCAGUCUCCCAAACGGCUGCAGCCACAUCAAGCGCCAUUCUCCCAGCAUCGGCAUCAGAUCCUCUGCCUCAUGAACCGAUGGAGGUCGAGACGAUCAAGGAAAAACAAAACGACGAAUCAGCGAAUGAAGAGGACAAACAAGACAAGAAAGACGAUAAUUCUUAGCGAACCGAUAUCCCUGAUCGGGACGCUUGCUUGCCCGACAGACUUGUCACUUUCAGCUUACUUGUCGUGUGUUUUUAUGCGACGCAAAAAUCGGCACAAUUACCGGCGUGAAAUAUAUCACGUCUUUUUGCCCGAACGGACCUUUUCCCAUAGGAGUGCUGUUCACUCGCGAUGAGUUUGUGUUGGCUUAUCGUAUUGUAGAUAGUUGUGAACUUGCAACAUGGUGUUUUGUUUCCACCGCACAUUUCUCGCUUUAAUGUCCAACAAACUCACAUUAUCUUCAAAUCGACCUUCCUUUUCAGUUGUCCGGUUUCAUUGUGCCCGAUCCAUCUGUCAUAUUUGGACAUGCACUCAGAAAUCUCCAUUGUAUUUUCCUCGCAUGUUUCCGUGUCCGCCUAUUUCUCCUUGCCAACGCGAGUGUGUUUCAAUUCCCAGCGCUCUUGACUAUUCGCAUCUCAUGGUUCUAGUGCCUUGGGUUCUCUUGGUGACCCGCGCGCGUUACAUUCAUGCAACUUGAAUUUCGGAACUUGC